AUGGAUUCGUUCAAUUUGCUUCUGAAAGAGGUGAUGCAGAAGCCGAGUCGAGCAGGUCUCCAGAUGAUUUGCUCGCAGGUGGAAGCGUGGGAAAGCUACAUGCCGCUGAAAGUUAGAGAGAAAGCGCAGAGGGCGGUGGCUCAGAUUCUAGCGGAUGGUACGUUGGCCGCAGAGGAAGAUAUGCUUCGCUUGUAUAGGAUAAUGGCGAAACAUAGCAGACGAAUGGGUGCGUCGAAGGUUUUUGAGAAAGUUGAGGAACAAGGGCGUUUCAUCUGCUCUCUCAAAUUUCAUAUAUUGUGGGCAGAAACCUACGCACAGAGCGGUAACCUGGAUCGAUUCACGCAUGUGCUAAAUUUGGCCAGAAGUCGAUUACCGGAGCUUUCUCCGAUAGAGCUAGAAGCAGGCUUCAGGGACCUUGCUGACCAGUACUUCCCCAAUAGCGAUAUAUUCAACGACGACGAGGAAACUAUGGCUGUGUUCAAAAUACAGAAAGUUGGCGAUCCUAAGACGAAACGAAAUCGACGUCGAUCAUCUUUAGCAGCUUUUGAGGCGCAUGCUAAGGAUAACCUCAAAGCAGCCCAUGGUCCUGCAAACCCAACUUUCGGCCAAAAUAAUUUCUUCGCUCCUCUGAAUCAUGAACUAGAAGAGCAAGCAAAGAAGGAAGGUGAUGAAGAGGAAAUCUAUGCGAGAUCGGCAUUCAUGCGACGCCGCUCUGUGGCGCCAACGAAAGCAGUAGCUCCUGCUGCUAAAUCUGUGAUACCGCAAGCUAGAACGGUCCAAGCUGCUGAACGUUCAAUGGAGUUAGCGGAAGCUGUCACAAGUGUAGUUAAUCCUUGGGACAGAAAUCUUCGCAUGGAGAUACUCAGGCGUUCUCGCACUCCAUGCUAUCAACACAAUUUCGAUAGUCCUUGUCCACGCGUUUCUGCUGGUAAAACUAUGAGUUUUGGUGGUGAAAGUUUUCAUAUUGCGACUUUGAUUGGUCAAGGUGGAUUUGCAAAAGUAUACAAAGCAGUAGAUGAAGAAGGAAGAACACUUGCACUGAAGUACGAAGUUCCCUCUUGCCCAUGGGAAGUUUACAUAUGCUCUGAAGUCAAAUUACGUCUUGGUGCUAGCAAGCAGUUCACUUUGAAGAGUGUGAUGGAGGUCACUGAUGCCUACGUGUUCACCAAUGCGUCAGUCCUUUUCAAUGAAUACCAUUCCUACGGUACUCUUCUGGAUCUUUCGAACAAGUUGAACGACCCGAGCUGGUAUAUAAUACUCUUGAUAGCUAUACAAAUGGCCAAGGAUGGUCGCCCGUGGACAUACCAGACUGAUUAUUUUGGCUUUGUUGGAACUCUGCAUGUGAUUAUAUUUAACAAAUAUGCGGAAGUCGUGAAAGAAGAUGGUGUGUUCAAACUGCAGAGCACCAUGAAGAGACGUCUUGUCAUUCGCCCUCUCCUAGAAAGCAUCUUUAAUGAUUUCCUCAAUAUCCCCAGCUGCGACCGUCUACCCGGUUGGGAUAAUGCCAUUAAUGCAAUGGAGGAGCAGUUCCGAUCAGGCUUUACAGUACCGGAAUGGCGUCAGGCAGCUGCACGAUUUAAUGCUUGCCUAUGA